GCCCCUUCUUUUUUUGUUAUUUGGCUUACAUACACGAAAAAACGCGUCAUAUUUUUUUCUUUCUUUCUUUUUUGUUAUUGAUGCAUAUCCAUCAUGAUGAAACGCUGUUAAAAGAGUUGCAAGCCAAGAUUGACCAAAUACUCAAUGAUGAGUUAUUAGACGACGUACCUACCUUUCCUACAAUCGAGGAAAUUGAAGCGUUAAUUGCAGUUGAAAAAGGUCAAGCCUAUAAUAUUAAAAUUGAACGAGACCCUUUACCUCCUCUUUAUAUCAUUGUACGACAGUCUUCUACAGUGAGUGAUAUCAAAGGCUUGAUAAAGACUCAAGUAGAACGAAUGGAAAAAGAACAAACAGGACGUAUAAGAAAGAUUAGUUGGAAAUCAAUAUGGCAUUCACAUUGUCUUUUGUUUGAGCAACACUUAUUGCUUCAAGAUCAUGUUGCUGUAAGCCAAUUGGGCAUAAAGCAGAACAGUGUCCUUAAAUUCUCUCGUUUGGCCCAUGAAAAGGGACAUCAUCGUAAAGCAAGACGCCAUUAAGCUAGAAAUUGAGAUGAUUGUGUAUUUUCUUUAUAUAUAUAUACAAGAGGCUAUGUUUAAAAAAAACAUGUAUUAAAGACC